AUGAGUUAUACAAAUCCAAUCAUACCAGGGUUCAACCCCGACCCGUCCAUCAUCCGGGUCGACAAAGACUUUUUCCUUGUAACAUCCACAUUUGAAUAUUUUCCGGGAGCCCCUAUAUACCAUAGUCGGGAUUUGAUCAAAUGGAAGUUGAUCGGCCAUGCCUUGACCAGGCGCAGCCAGAUUCAGAUCCAUACACCAGAGCCAGGAGGUGGCUUAUGGGCCACGACAAUCCGGUAUCAUCGUGGAAUUUACUAUGUCAUCGCAGCGAGCUUCCAGCGGUAUCACCCACAACAGGAUGACCGAGUGUGGCCACAGGGAUUCUAUGUCAAAACCACCAAUAUCUGGGAUGAAAAGGCAUGGUCUGAUCCAAUUUAUUUUGAUCAAGUUGGCUUCGACCAAGAUCUUUUCUGGGACGACGAUGGGACCGUAUACCUAUCGUCUACCUACCGAAAACUUCAACCGACGCCAGGGGCGAAACUCAAGGAUUUCGCCAUUCAUAUCUGCACUGUUGACUUGGAAAGCGGCCAUUCCACGUCUGAGCCGAAACUGAUUCGCGAGUCUUCCUCUGGAGUUGCAGAAGGCUCACACAUCUUCAAGCGCGGUAGAUACUGGUAUCUUUUCACUGCGGAGGGGGGCACUGAAAGUGGGCAUUCAGAAUGGGUCAGUCGCAGCGAGGUUGGGCCCCUUGGACCUUGGGAACUCGGACCAAACAAUCCACUUUGGCGUAAUGGGGUUGACGAUGAAGUUCAAAAUACCGGACAUGCUGAUUUGGUCGAGGAUAUCAACGGGCAGUGGUGGGCUGUUUUGCUUGGGGUUCGUCCACUACGACGAGAUGGCAAGUGGGAGGAAUCGGUGCUAGGCCGAGAAACCUUCUUGGUACCGAUGGACUGGGAGCAGGAUUGGCCUGUCAUCAACAAAGGACAGAAGAUUGCGCUUCAAUCUCAAGGGCCGGGUCUUUAUCAGCUUGAGAGUCCAGUGUCUUGGAAAGACGAGUUCACUGCUCCUGAAAUGCAGUUGGGGUGGUAUAGAAAGAACACGCCCUUUGUCAAGGAUUACUCGCUCACUGAACGCCCAAGUUAUCUCCGACUCUAUGGCGGUCCUUAUAAUCUGUCGGUGCCAGCUUCCCCAACCAUGUUUCUCCGCAAGCAAACUCAUAGACGCUGCGUAUGGGAGACACGGAUGUCGUUUUCCCCUACGACAGAUGCCACAGAAGCAGGGACUGUGCUCUGGAUGAACUACUUUACCUACAGCAGUCUUGGCAUUCGCCAGACCGAAAAGGGGCGUUGCAUUAUGUUUCGACCAUCAGAAGGAGAAACAGUGGAGUGUGAGAUAGGCGCAACAACAGACGUCAUUUUCACGAUCGAAUGUGGCACUGAAUAUCGAUUUGGGUAUCGAGCACACAACGAAACCAGUUUCCAUUGGAUCGGCUCAGUCUCGAAUGACGUCGCAACCAAAGCCCCCUCCGUCGGGGCCAAUUUUACAGGCAUGAUGAUGGGACUGUAUUGUUUCGGAGAGCGACAACGAUGCCUCACACCCGCCGAUUUUGUGUAUGCUGAAUUCCGGGAGAAUCUCGGGUGA